AUGCCCUGUGACGAUGUGCCUGAUACAUGCUCCAUGGUUAUCUGGGCUUACAGCAAACAUGAGUCUCAGACAAUAAAUAUGGUUCAUAAUGGAAUUGUUGAGAAGAACUCAGCUCAAGCUGCCAGACUGAGUCUGCACAGUAACUGUUCACUGAGUAUUAACAACAUCACUGCAGAGGAUGCCGGUCAAUACUUCUGUCGGCCUGAGGGGACCGCUGAUCAGGACACAACUGUGGACCUAAAUAUUUUGACCAUUUCAGUAUUUCCAUCAGACACUGAUCCAAAGGACGAUGGAAACGUCACGUUAGAGUGCUCUCUGUUUAGAUACUAUCCCUCUCCUUGUAAAGAAAACAGUAUGCGUUGGGUGGAUGAGACAGGAAGUGUGCUGUGGGACAGAGAUGUCAAGAACAUUGGACGCACGUGUGUUUCUCUUCUGACUGUGAAGCUUCAGAGUGGCAACAAGAAAAGAUACACCUGCCAGUUUGAAGAUAACAAUACUGUGAAGAUAGAAGCUCACUACACACCUGUCCUCAUAGAUUCCACCCCAAACGAGGCUUUCAUCAUCAUUGGUGCUGUGAUGCUGGUGCUGGUGGUUGCCGUCAUCGCUGCUGUUUUCAUCAAAUACAGGAGGCGUGCUAAAGUGACAGAGGUUUCAGCAUCUCCAUCAAACCCUGACCUACAGAUGAAUGGAAACAUCACAUUAAAGUGCUCUUUGUUCAGACUCAGUAGCCUCCCUUGUGACGAGAUAAGCAUCCGCUGGGUGGAUGACACAGGAACUGUGCUGCUUAAUAAAGUCAGAUACACUGGACGCACAUGCAUUUCACUUCUAACUGUGAAGCUUCACAGUGACCACAACAAACGAUACACCUGCCAGAUUGUUGAGGAAAACAAUGUGAAGAUGGAAACUCACUACACACCAGUCUUCAUAGACUUUAGAGAGUCCAUGGACCAGUCUCCGCUGAGCUAUGCCAUGUGGCAUCUUCGCAUGGCAGCACUGAUCCUAAUGAUUGUCAUCACUAUUUUAGUCAUCAGAUACAGAGGAAACAGAAAACUUCUUGAAGAGAGCAACGUCCAUUAUGUUGGUGACUGCGAUGAUGGCACAGUGAUCUAUGAAAAUGUGGCAAGUCUGGCUGACUCUGAACUGCAUUGA